AUGUUUCGCCGUUUGGCACACACACUCCCUCCAGACCCAUCUUUUCCCGUGGAUCUAGAGAAACUUGGGUUCUUCGUGACAACCGAAGAUAAGAUCCGGCAAAUUCAGAACCCCUCACAUAAGUUUCAAUAUCGAAUCAACACCAAUGAGCGAGUCAACCAGGCUUACAAGCUUGCUAACAAUUUGGCGGUGCGUAACAUCAUUCUAGAGCGGCUGGAGGAGCUGGGGGUUGAAACGGUCCGUUUGCCACUAGGAGCCAAGGAGGGUGAAAAGCAUGUACCGAUUCUGGUGUCCAAGGACAUCAAGAGCAAGAAGCGCGUGAUUUUGUUUCUGGGUGAGCGGCAGAUGGAGCCUGGUGUGCUUUCCUGGCGGGCCAUUGGCGAGCAGGGCAUCAAGCAUGGCUCGCUCGUGGAUCUGGUGGAUGCGUUGAAGAAUGGAUCAAGUUCGACGGAUGAGAGCUCUGGCCCGGGCAUCAUCGUCGCGAAUCCGUGUCAGUUGCUUUGGUACCGUGGAGGGAGGAGGGCAGUGUCGAGGAAUGAGUGGAUGGAUCUGCCAAGGGAGACGGGUGUCAGCGAGGCUAUGAGGAUUGAUGAGGUCAAGAACUACAUUGAUCACAAUCGCGAUUAUACGGAGCACAUCAACUAUGUAUUCGAUCAGGUCUUGCCGGAGCUGGUGAGGAAGGAUGCCAAGGUCGAUAUCAUCGGGCUAGAGUAUUCGGUCACGGCGGCGUUUGAAUAUCUGGCGAAGCAUUGGAAUACCUGGUCCCAACGAAUCACUGGCAUCUGCAUCGCCGGCGCACAGUACAAGAUGGCCGACCUCGUGGCCAACGGCGCACCACCCGAAUUCGUGGACUUCAUCUCCAAGCGAUGUCGAUUCUAUGCUCCUUCGUCAUCGCCUCUGGAAACGCCGGUCACAGGAAGACAACGAUUCGGAUGCAACUGCUACGCGAGUGGAGAAGAUGAAUAUCACGAGAAUGUGGUGGUCAAGGCUUGGAGGAGUAUGCUCGGCUGGUUUGAUUUCUUGUACACCCAUCCUGCUUAUGAGGAGAUUGAGUUGGUGGUGGAUGAGGUAGCGAGUGAGGAGGUUAACCUGGGUUGGUCGGGAGAACAGAAUCAAUAG